AUGGCCACUAUCGCGGCAGUUGCUGCGGCCAGGGGUGGACAGCAGCGGGCACUGCUUCUCCCGGACGACCCCACCCCUCAGCAGCUUCGUGAGUGGGUUAUUCAGCGAGGCCGUCCUGGUGGUGGAGGUUAUUGUUUUGUUAAGACUGCUGCUCUUGGUGCUAGUGAGUCUGCUGCCACUCCAGGUGCUGGUGAGUCUGCUGCCGCUCCAGGUGCUAGUGAGUCUGCUGCAGCUCUAGGUGUCCGUGAGUCUGCCGACGCUCUAGGUGCUAGUGCGUCUACUACCACAGGUCCUGCCUCAGCUGAGGUCUUGCACACUUUCACGCUUGACUCAGGCGCGUCACGUUGCUUCUUUCGUGAUUGCACCACAGUCACACCACUCACAGCACCUGUCCCUGUCUCACUGGGUGACCCCUCUGGGGGCCCAGUAGUUGCGAGAGCCUCCACGGUCCUCCCUUGUCCAGCAGUCCCCUCCGGCUCUCUAGCAGGUCUCCACCUCCCCACGUUCUCGACGAACUUGGUGAGCAACGCUGCCAUUCAGGAUGUCUGGGUUGAUACCUUUAUUCUUGGAGGGCAGCGUGUGGCGAUCUGUACGACCCUGCCCCCCCUGCCGCGCUCGCUUGCCCCGCCGUGCCUUCCUUUCGUUGAGGGGCGGCAGCGCGCCGCUCCUCACUCCUCCGAGUUUCCUCCGACCACUGCUCCUCUGCAGACUCUCCACCUGGACGUGUGGGGCCCGGCCCCCGUCGGUGGGACGGACCAGGAGCGCUACUUCCUGCUGGAUGUUGACGACUACACACGCUACACCACAGAUUUCCCCUUGCGUCGCAAGGCGGACGUCAGCGGAUGA